GCGCUUCCGGCGGCGGCCGUGGCUGUGGGGGUGGGUGUGAAGAAGACCCUUAGUUUCAGGGUGUUGCGGUGCUUCGAGGCAGGCUUGGUGUGGUGAACCGAGGAGGCGUAGGCUUGGAGGCGUAGAGGUACACUGCAUGAUUCCUUCUCUCCACGGAAAUCUCACAUCUGAAACAUGGCUACAGAUUGGCUGGGUAGUAUUGUGUCCAUCAACUGUGGAGAUAGCUUGGGUGUCUAUCAGGGAAGAGUGUCAGCAGUGGAUCAGGUCAGCCAGACGAUUUCUCUCACCCGGCCUUUCCACAAUGGAGUGAAGUGCCUUGUGCCAGAAGUCACUUUCAGGGCAGGUGACAUUACAGAAUUAAAAAUUCUGGAGAUACCAGGCCCUGGAGAAACCCAACAUUUUGGAGAUCUUCAUCAGACAGAAUUAGGCUCCUCUGGUGUUGGUUGCCAAGUUGGUAUCAAUCAAAAUGGCACAGGCAAGUUGGUCAAGAAGCCAGCCUCUUCGAGCAGUGUCCCUCAGAACAUCCCCAAGAGGACAGAUGUGAAGAGCCAAGAUGUUGCCAUCUCUCCCCAGCAGCAACAGUGCUCAAAGAGCUAUGUGGACAGGCACACGGAAUCCUUGAGUCAGUCCAAAAGCUUCCGUCGUCGGCACAACUCUUGGUCAUCUAGUAGCAGGCACCCAAACCAGGCAACUCCAAAGAAAAGUGGCUUAAAGAAUGGCCAGAUGAAGAAUAAAGAUGAUGAGUGUUUUGGGGAUGAUAUUGAGGAGAUCCCAGACACAGAUUUUGAUUUUGAGGGGAACUUGGCCCUUUUUGACAAGGCAGCUGUGUUUGAGGAAAUUGAUACCUAUGAGAGGAGAAGUGGUACCCGUUCCCGGGGCAUCCCAAACGAGAGGCCUGCUCGGUACCGCCACGAUGAGAACAUCCUGGAGUCAGAGCCCAUUGUCUACCGUCGGAUCACAGUGCCCCACAGUGUGAGCAAGGAGUUCUGCACAGACUCUGGCCUGGUUGUCCCAAGUAUUUCCUACGAGCUGCAUAAAAAGCUGUUGGCUGUGGCUGAGAAGCAUGGCUUGACUCUGGAGCGGAGACUGGAGAUGACAGGCGUGUGUGCCAGUCAGAUGGCAUUGACCCUGCUCGGAGGACCCAACAGGCUGAAUCCCAAAAACGUUCACCAGAGGCCUACAGUGGCCCUGCUAUGUGGGCCUCACGUGAAGGGGGCUCAGGGUAUCAGUUGUGGAAGGCACCUAGCCAACCACGAUGUCCAGGUCAUCCUCUUUCUGCCCAACUUCGUGAAGAUGCUGGAAUCCAUUACCAAUGAGCUGUCUCUCUUCAGCAAGACCCAAGGCCAACAAGUGUCUAGCCUCAAAGAUCUGCCCACUAGCCCUGUGGACCUGGUGAUCAACUGUCUGGAUUGCCCCGAGAAUGCCUUCCUGCGGGAUCAGCCCUGGUACAAGGCAGCUGUGGCCUGGGCCAACCAGAACCGGGCACCAGUACUCAGCAUAGACCCUCCUGUGCAUGAAGGUGAACAGGGCAUCGAUGCCAAGUGGUCACUGGCUCUGGGCCUGCCUCUGCCUCUGGGGGAGCAUGCAGGCCGUGUCUACUUGUGCGACAUCGGCAUUCCCCAGCAGGUCUUCCAGGAGGUGGGCAUCAACUACCACUCGCCCUUCGGCUGCAAGUUUGUCAUCCCACUGCACUCUGCCUAGAAGGGCUCUGGCUGGGCUGGACCUCGUAGUCCCCUUCUGCUCCUGACACUGAACUUGACAGCGAACGCCUUAAGGAUGUGAAGCUUCGUGGACCUUGUUGUUGAAUUUCUUCUCUUUUCAUUUUGUUUCUUUGAAAGAACAGAUCAUAUUUAAAACUGACCUGUCAUGUGCCCUGAGCCAGGGAAGGCUUCCCUGCUGGGGGCACGGGGCGAGUGGCAGGCUUAAGUGCACAGUGGCUCCAGGCAUCUCUACACUCGGCCCCCUGCAUGGUCAGGUGGGGCUUUGUUUACAGACAUAGGCAGCUCACAGACCGUACAUGUCAGGUUUACAGCCACUGGGCCUGGGCCGAUGCCUCACGGGGUGGGGCAGUCCUGUUUGGGGGUCUGUGCUUGCUCUGGUUCAGAGCUUGUGGCUUUGUCUCCCCUGCUUCCUCCACCCAAGCGGCCCUUCCUCUGAUCGUGUAGAACUGGCUGCGCUGCCGCUGUCCGCUAGAGGGCAGACUUGCAUUUUCGGUUCAGUUUGAGGGCUUUGAGGCCUUCCCCGAGCCCCACCGUAAGAUGAUGGGGGCUUUGACCCUUUCUCCUGAGCUGAUCAAGUUUUAUGCUAGAUUUUUUUUUUCCCAAGGGUCCUUCCUCCUUUCCACUCCAUCACUCUGAGAGGCAGGGAAGGGGGGGGCCAGGGUGGCUUCUGAAUGGUAUUACUGUAUUGGGAUUUUUUUAAAAACUGUUUUUCUGUUGUCUUCAGCACAGGUAGUAUAAGCUUAUGUUAACUGUAGAACCACAGUGCCCAUCUUGCCAGCAGUGCCCCCCAAUCCCAUACUCUCUAGCUGGGGACUGAGCCUUUGCCUAGUCUGGGGCCAGACCCCUCAGGGUGCAGCUUUAAUGUUCAGUAUUGGGGAGGCCCCUGGGGGAGCCUGGUGCUGAACCAGAAGAGGCUCCCUGGUGCUUCUGUCCUAAGCCACCACGCCCCCUCCUCUUUGCCUGCACCCAGACCCCUACUCUCCUGCCCCCUCUGCCCUUCCCCUGAAAUGGUCCUUUGCAGCUGUGGGUGCAUGUCCCUCCCACCCCCCCCACCCCCCCCCCCCAGCUUUUAGUGU